UCGAAAGAUAAUAUUCAAGAUAUAUUUUAAUUUAACCUCAUCAUUCCGAAAUUGUUCAAAAUUUCUAAUUUUUGUCAUCUAAUACUCACGAGUUAUUGACGCGUUUGCUUAUGUCAAGAGUCUGAAAUUCUAAUAUGAUCUCUUCAAGGGAAAAUUUGAUAGAAAUAACAGUGAGAGUAGUGCUAAUGAUUUUAUUUAGAUACUACGAUAAAGCUACACCUUUUAUUAGACAAAUUCAACCAGAAGAAAUAUGGCUUUAUAAUAACCCAGUAACUAAAAGUUAUGUUCCUUCACCAAUACUAUGGUCUAUAUGUAUUGGCUUUCCAGCAAUAUGUUUCACAUUGUUCUUCAUCUUUGAUCCAACCAGCAGAAAAGAAUGUAAAUUAGCUAUAUCAGGGCUAACUUUAGCCUUUUCUUUGAAUGCAUUUUUAACAGCGUAUAUUAAAAUACUUGUUGGUAGACCAAGGCCGGAUUUCAUAGAAAGAUGUUUCCCCUUGGAGAAAGGGACAGAUUUCACACAAUGUAUAGGACCUAUUGAUCAUGUAUAUGAUGGGAGAAAGAGUUUUCCUAGUGGUCAUUCAUCUUUUUCAUUUGUUGUUAUGGUCUUUAUGUCAAUGUUUUCUGCUAGAAGGUUGAAAAUUUGGACAACUGAAAGAUUAAGAGGUCUUAAAUUCAUUUUAUGUAUAUUACCAUUAUUAUUGGCAACAACUAUUGCCAUCAGCAGAACUUGUGAUUAUCAUCAUCAUUAUCAAGAUGUAAUUGUGGGUAGUGGGAUGGGAUCUCUUAUAGCAUAUGCUGUAUUUCAAUUAUAUUUGAAAACAGGUGCAACAAAUUCCAUUAUGGUGAAGCCAAUGAUAAAUAACAAGAAAAUAGGAGACUGCUCAUCAUUCAGUAAAUAAUAUUAAUAUUCAUGUGAAAUAUUUAGUAGGGAAAUUGUUUUUUGUACUGUUGAAAUUAUAUUUUGUACAGUCAAUUUAUACAAAUUAUGUUUUUAUUGGAAGUGAUAGUAUAAAUUAAUUCAACUCAAUAAAUUUUCUCCACUCCAUCCUA